AUGCCACCUAGUCAGUUGAAUUCAAUGUCCAACAACUUCAAAGCUUCUAUGGAUGAGUAUUUGCAAUAUGAGAAAGGCUCUCUAUUGAACAAUCGCUAUCGUUUCCUUCAGAAUUUGCAGAACGGCUCCUUUGGAAAGGUGACCUGCGCGCUGGACACCACCACCAAUCAAAAGGUUGCCAUAAAGUCGAUGAAACGCUCUGUUCCCGGAGUCAGUUUCAUGGCUCGUCAUGAGAUUUCAAUCAUGAAGAGGUUAGGCUAUCAUGCCAACAUUUGUCAGCUUUUGGACAGUUUUGAGACGAGAAAGUAUGUCGUAAUGGUUCUGGAAUACAUUCCAAAUGGCGAUUUAUACGAUGCUAUUCAUAAUCACUCUGAAUUGGGCCUGUCCUAUCAGGAAGAUCCAGAUUUGUUUGCCAAAUUGUGUCAACAAUUGGUCGAUGUCAUCAAGUAUGCUCAUUCCAAGGGAAUUUACCAUAGGGAUGUCAAACCAGAAAACGUCUUACUCAUGAGCGAUGGUAAUAUCCAACUAUGUGAUUGGGGUUUGGCAACUAGUGCUAUCAACUGUAGAGAUUUCAAUGUCGGUACUGAAAAGUAUAUGGCUCCUGAAGCUCUCGGAAAGCAUAGCUCCUCUGAUAGUUACAACUCCAAGGAUGCAGACACUUGGUCCAUCGGAAUCACACUUCUUUUCACUCUUUUUGGUAAGUGUCCAUUCAGAAAGGCACUUCCAACUGAUAUCAACUAUUCCAAUUUCAUCAAGUCUAAGGCUUUUCUAUAUGAUUAUUAUCCUAACUUAAGCUCCUGUGGUUUCAGUGCCAUUGUUGAAAAGUUCAUGCUUGACAGAGAUUUAGAUGCAGGCUUGAACAUGGUUUGCACUCAAGGAACAUACAAGGGAUUCACAUUGGACCAGGAAUACAAGUACGAGCUUCUCAAGGCCGAAAGUCAAAAGUCCAACCGAGUCGGCUCUUCUAGCGAAAAUCUGGGUGGAGAGUUUUACAUGUUUGACCAGGAGCCCGUUGUUGAAGAUGAAGAUUAUAUUGAUGAAGAGGCUGUUGAAGGUGGUAAGGCCGGUAGCGGUUCAUGCUACGACUCUGCCGCUGCAGCCGAUGCUAUUGACAUAUCUUCUGUUCAACCAGUCAGCAAACUAUCUGCAUCAUCAUCGUCCGCAGCUGGUAAUUCAUUGUUUGAUAAUGUUUCCACAUCAAUUAUCAACUCUGUUGACACUAUUCCAGAAGAGGAAUAUAUGGCCACUGGUAAGAAAGAAGACCAAGCCGAUUUGGACAUUGACCAUUACAUUAUGAACUUUCAGAACAUUCUAAAGACCCAGGAUCAACCCGUUGAUAAGGAAAGGCUUUCUGAGAAUGUUCUCAGCAACGAGACGUUGUGCAACAGUGCAUACAACAGCACUUGA